AUCGCAAUUCCAACCGGAAUGUUCUCGGAGCAGGAAGGACCGGUUGGGAAGAGGUGAGGGACUCCAAACCACUGAGGAUUGGCCGGGAAUGCUGAACGGCUUGCUGGUUUGAUCCCAGGCGGUGGAAGGUGCUGCUCGGAGAGUGCUCAGAGCCGGCCAGCACUAUGAGAGGCGCGGCGCCCCGAACGAGGGGGAGUAUCUGGUCACCCGAGCGGAGAACUUCAGCUACCUCAGAGGUGGUCGAGGACGGUCCGGAAGACAGCGCGGACAAUGGUCCAGCCCCGGGACUGAUGGACCUACUGACCAACUUUGCCAAGGCGUUCAUCUACCUGUUCCCUAUCUACCUGUCGGGCUACUUCGGGCUGAGCCUCACCUGGUUUAUGUUCGGGGUCCUGCUGUGGAUAUGGUGGAAGAGAAACAGAAGCUGGAAAUGUGCACGUCUGCAGGCAGCAUUUCAAAUGCUGGACGAUGAAAAAGUCGUGAUUACCAAUGAAAUUAAACAAGAUCUUCCUCCAUGGGUUCACUUUCCAGAUGUGGAAAGAGUGGAAUGGCUGAACAAGAUUUUAAAACAAGCCUGGCCAUAUUUUGGAAUAUAUCUGGAAAGAACAUUUAAAGACAUCAUUGAGCCUUUAGUAUGUGGAUCAAACGUUUGCUUGAAAACAUUUGCCUUCACAAAACUUAAUUUUGGUGAACAGUCGCCUAAAAUCUCUGGUGUCAAAGUGUACACUGAGCAGGUUGACAGACGGCAAGUGAUCAUCGAUCUGCAAAUCAGUUACGUUGGGGAUUGUGAAAUUAAUGUGGAGGUGAAGAAAGUAUGCAAAGCUGGUUUAAAAGGAAUCCAGCUGCAUGGUACACUCCGAGUGAUCCUGGAACCUCUGUCAAGUCAGAUGCCUCUGGUUGGAGCUGUUACCCUGUUCUUCCUUCGCCGACCGGUGCUGGAGAUCAACUGGACAGGACUAACCAAUUUACUGGAUAUUCCUGGACUUAACGGGUUAUCAGACACAAAGAUUCUCGAUGCUAUUGCUUCCUACCUGGUUUUGCCGAAUAGGUACACCUGCCCUUUGAUUGAUCAAGUCAGUGUUUCUCAGCUAAGAUUCCCUUUACCGCAUGGUGUUGUGAGAAUAUAUCUAAACAAAGCUGCUAAUUUAGUAAGGAAAGACACAUAUCUAAUGGGUAUGGUCCCAGGGAAGUCUGAUCCAUAUGCUGUUAUUCGAAUUGGGACCCAGACAUUCCGCAGCAAAACAAUUAAAGGAAAUUUAAAUCCUGAAUGGUAUGAAAUUUAUGAGGCUGUUGUCCACGAGGCUUUUGGACAAGAUUUGGAACUGGAACUUUUUGAUGAAGACCCAGAUAAAGAUGACUUUCUGGGAAGCCUUGUUAUAGAACUCAGUGAAGUCAUGAAAGACAGGCUUGUGGAAGAGUGGUUUCCUCUGAGCGACGUGGAGCAUGGAAAAGUACAUCUAAAACUGGAAUGGCUCUCCUUGCGCACUGACCUAGAGAACGAGUCUGUGGAAAAUGCUAUGAAGCCGACUCUCACUGACAAAUCAACAGCAGUGCUGGUUGUUUACCUGGAUAGUGCAUAUCAUCUGCCUAGAAAUCAGUUUGAAUAUAUGAACAAUGAAUACAGUAUAAAGAAAAGGAGCAAACCAAAAUAUAUCAAGUCAAUAAAGAAGACAAGCCUGGAACCCAGCUGUUCGGUUCAGCUUCAGGUUGAAAACAUCAAGCAAGAAAGUAAGAUUUGCUACAAUACUAGUGCACCGGUCUGGGAACAGGCAUUUACUUUCUUCAUCAAAAAUGUUCACUCUGACGGACUAUAUAUAGAGAUCAAAGACAAAGACAGAGAAUGUGCCCUUGGGAUCUUGACUGUUCCUUUCUACCAUUUGUUGAAAGCGACUGAUAUGACCCUCGACCAAAGAUUUCCACUUGAUCAUUCAGGUUCCAGCAGCCUAAUAAAGUUGAAGCUGAUCCUUCGGGUCCUGGUCAAUGAGGAACCAGACCCUGACAGUAUCUACACUGGUCUGAAUGUCCUGAAAAAAUGUCCCAUUUCGGUGAAGAAAAGGAAAACUGGAAACAAAACGAGCACUCCUCCUUCAACGCCAAGUUUGCCAAAUGUUACAAAGAUGGUUCACGGUAGUGUAGCCUGUGACCAGAUGGAGAGAAUAGAAAGUAACAAAGAGUCUAAUAAUGAUACUGGUGAAGUUAUACCAGAACUUCCAACACCUGCAGCAGAAUCCAGCACCUCGGAGACCUCAGAAAGAGAGAAAUCCAGCAUCGUGCUUAAAUCUGACAGUUCCAGUGUUAACCUGCAAUAUGGGGAUCUUCAACUGCUAAAUGGCACAGCCCAGACAGAGGAAUCUUUGGGCCAAAUCCAGCUGACUGUACGUUAUUCCACUCCACGUCACUCUCUGGUUGUAAUUGUUCACUGUUGCAGAAACCUAAUCGCCUGUUCAAAUGAGGGAUCAGAUCCGUAUGUCCGACUUUACCUUCUUCCUGACAAGAGCUGGUCAGGCCGGAGAAAAACACAAGUCAAGAAGAAGACUGUUAAUCCACAGUAUGAUGAAAAGUUUGAAUUUGCCAUGUCGUUGGAGGAAAUUCCUAAACAUAAAUUAGAUGUUGCUGUAAAAAACAAUCGGUCAUUCCGAUCUCAUGUGAGGAAGGAACUUGGGAUGGUAUUGAUUGAUAUUCCAAAGGAUAACUUAACCCCAGGUUUUACAGAAUGGUACAAGCUAACUGAUGAUGGAUUACCAAGCAAAGGACGAGAAAAUGUUUGAUAAGUAAUUAAACUGGAGCUUCUUGUGGUUUUCUGAUGGAUUGAGGAAGGAUCACGGAUAUUUAUCUGGUAAUCUGGCAACCUGGCUGUCACGUGAAACUAUCGAAUUCAUUUUGACAAGAAAUGAUCUUGCAUUAUGAGAAAGGACUACAUCUAUACCCAAAUUUUCUUUGUAAAUGUCCACAUUUUAUGUUAACUAAGCUGAAAAUUUUCAUCAUAACUGGGCAAAUUUAAGGACUUGCAACUGGUUAAAUGGAAUAUAGCAGAAGUUGCACUUUUAAACAGGAUUGUAAAUUUAAACAUCAUUAAAGACAACACAUUUCCUAAAGCUUUUCUCAAAACAUUUUCUUCUCCAAUUGAUUUAUGAAGAAAAUUUAAUCCCUGAAGUACAUAAUCCAGAUUCACAAGACUGUUUUCAAGUAUGCUAUUUAAUAAGAUCCAGCUUUUAAAUGUGCAUUUUCUCUACAUUUUUUUUAACUUUUGCCUUAAUGCUGUUCGUUUGCUUCACAUUCAACUUUUUGGGAUAAAAAAGUAGGCUUGAACUGGUGCCUUAGGUCCAUUUUGCUAUCAUGUGACCAAUAAUAACCGGACUAAAGUUUAAAAAAAUAAUUUCAAACAGGUGGAAACAUGUUAAAAAUAGAUUUGUUUUCUUUACCUAUUGUAAAUAUGAUGGUUAUUUCCUGUAUGGAAAAUGCUCAGAACAAUGGCUAUUGAUAUGAAUUGAUAUUUAUUAACAGCUGUAAAUAAAUUGAUUUCAUAUGAACAAACCACGUUUGUU